AUGAGGUGGCAGUGCGGCACUCGAUUUAGAGGGCUUCGGCCGGUGGCGGCAGCCCCAUGGGCAGCUCUGCUGGCGCUGGCCCUCCCCGGUUGGGUGCUGGCUGUCUCGGCCACGGCGGCCGCUGCGGUCCCCGAGCAUCAUGCCUCCGCGGCCGGCCAGCCGCCCCUGGACUGGCUGCUCACAGAUCGGGGCCCAUUUCACCGCACGCAGGAGUACACGGACUUCGUGGAGCGCUACCGCCAGGGUUUUACCACCAGAUACAGGAUCUACAGGGAGUUUGCACGUUGGAAAGUGAACAGCCUGGCUCUAGAAAGGAAGGACUUCUUUAGUUUGCCAUUGCCUCUUGCCCCAGAGUUUAUCCGGAACAUCCGCCUCCUCGGAAGGAGACCCAACCUGCAACAGGUCACCGAAAACCUGAUCAAAAAGUACGGCACUCACUUCUUACUUUCUGCCACCCUUGGAGGAGAAGAGUCCCUGACCAUUUUUGUGGACAAGCGGAAACUGAGCCGAAAGUCAGAGGUGGCAGGAAUUGCCCCUAUAGUCGGGGGCGGUGGGAACAGCUCUGCUGUGUCCCUGGAGAUCCUGCACCAGCUGGCAGCCUCCUACUUCAUCGACAGAGAGAGCACCCUGCGACGGCUGCACCAUAUCCAGAUAGCCACAGGGGCCAUCAAGGUCACGGAGACCAGGACCGGUCCCCUGGGCUGCAGCAACUACGACAACCUGGACUCGGUCAGCUCUGUUCUGGUACAGAGUCCGGAGAACAAAGUGCAGUUACUCGGCCUGCAGGUGCUGCUGCCCGAGUACCUGCGGGAGCGCUUCGUGACCGCUGCGCUCAGCUACAUCACAUGCAGCUCUGAGGGCGAGCUCAUCUGCAAGGAGAAUGACUGUUGGUGCAAGUGCAGCCCCACCUUCCCAGAAUGCAACUGUCCUGACGCUGACAUCCAGGCCAUGGAGGACAGCCUGCUGCAGAUCCAGGACUCCUGGGCGACUCACAACCAGCAGUUUGAGGAGUCAGAGGAAUUCCAGGCCCUGCUGAAGCGGCUGCCGGACGACAGGUUCCUGAACUCCACAGCCAUCUCCCAGUUCUGGGCCAUGGACACCAGCCUCCAGCACCGCUACCAGCAGCUGGGAGUCAGCUUGAAAGUGCUGUUCAAGAAGACCCAUCGGAUCGUCCGCCGGCUCUUCAACCUCUGCAAGCGCUGUCACCGGCAGCCCCGCUUCCGCCUGCCCAAGGAGAGGUCUUUGUCCUACUGGUGGAACCGUAUCCAGUCCCUCCUCUACUGUGGAGAGAGCACCUUCCCUGGCACCUUCCUGGAACAGAGCCACAGCUGCACCUGCCCCUACGACCAGUCCUCCUGCCAGGGCCCCAUCCCUUGUGCCUUGGGCGAAGGGCCCGCCUGUGCCCACUGUGCCCCAGACAACAGCACACGCUGUGGGAGCUGCAACCCAGGCUACGUGCUCGCCCAGGGCUUGUGCCGCCCCGAGGUGGCCGAGUCGCUGGAGAACUUUCUGGGGCUGGAGACAGACCUGCAGGACCUGGAGCUGAAGUACCUGCUGCAGAAGUGGGACAGCCGCAUCGAGGUGCAUUCCAUCUUCAUCAGCAAUGACAUGCGCCUGGGCAGCUGGUUCGACCCUUCCUGGAGGAAACGCAUGCUGCUCACCCUGAAGAGCAACAAGUACAAGCCCGGGCUGGUGCACGUGAUGCUGGCCCUGUCCCUGCAGAUCUGCCUCACCAAGAACAGCACCCUGGAGCCUGUCAUGGCCAUCUACGUCAACCCCUUUGGGGGCAGCCACUCUGAGAGCUGGUUCAUGCCCGUGAACGAGGGCAGUUUCCCAGACUGGGAAAGGACUAAUGUGGAUGCUGCUGCCCAGUGCCAAAACUGGACUAUUACCUUGGGCAACAGGUGGAAGACCUUCUUUGAGACAGUCCAUGUUUACCUGCGGAGCCGAAUCAAGUCCCUGGACGACAGCUCCAAUGAGACGAUCUACUACGAGCCUCUGGAGAUGACCGACCCCUCCAAGAACUUGGGCUACAUGAAAAUCAACACGUUGCAGGUCUUUGGCUACAGCCUGCCCUUUGACCCGGAUGCCAUCCGGGACUUAAUUCUCCAGUUAGACUACCCGUAUACUCAAGGUUCCCAGGACUCUGCCCUCUUGCAGCUCAUCGAGCUUAGGGACCGGGUCAACCAGCUUUCCCCACCUGGCAAGGUGCGGCUUGACCUUUUCUCCUGCUUGCUCCGGCAUCGGCUCAAACUGGCCAACAAUGAGGUGGGCAGGAUCCAGUCGUCUCUGAGGGCUUUCAACUCCAAGCUGCCAAACCCUGUGGAGUAUGAGACAGGCAAACUCUGUAGCUAAUGGGGGACCCACUCCAGUGCCGGGCAGGGAGGGGAUCCAUGAAUCCGGGGUGCAAAGAUGUAAGCCCUCACCUUAGUGCCAACGGGGUGUUCCCUUAAGACUGCACCCAGCAGAUGGGACUCGGGGCUUGAACUGAAGCAGGCAGGAGAGAAGGAAACAGCCGCCGCACACAUGCACACACCACGCGUGUGCACACGCGCACACAUUCACAAGGGGAGGCGAGCACUCAGCAGCCUUGUAUCUGUGAAGCCGGUGCUUUCUCAUGAAUGCAGUUGAAGGAGAGGGAGCCAGGGAGAGCUUCAGAAAAGGAACCAGCCCAACUGUGCAACACACAAAUUCUUAAAAGUGAUUCUCAGCAUUCAAGAAAGCAAGAGGGAACAACAAUGGGAGAGGUGGGAGCACCGCCUCCCCCUCCGUGGAGUCACUUUUGUAUUCUUUUUAGCCAGAUUUCUUAAAUGGCGUUGUUUCAUGAUUCCCCACAGUGGUUCUUACUUUUUGUUCGCUGCCUCCUCUGAGCCCUCCAGACACAGACCGUUCCUCAAGCCAGCUCCCUUGGGGAAACAGGAAGCGACACCCACGGAGGACCACUCAGGGCAGCCAGGCAGCCCUGCUGCCCUCCCUCUCCCUCGGCCCCCUUGCUUCCUUGGCCUCCCCAGUGUCAGGGCCUGGCUGGCUCCACGUUCCCCUUGUGGUCCAGCCAGAGCUCCUCUCCC